AUGAUCACAACGAUAAGAGCAUUUGCAACUGCAGCAAAAACAAACAAACCACAAUUCAAUGUAUUUGAUAGAUCAGCGAAACUAAUACAUCGGUCUAGAACUGCAAAAUUAAACCCUGAACUAUCAAGAAAGAAAGAUUAUAUAAGAGAUGAAGUUGCAACAAAAACGAUAGAAAGACUAGCAUUUAUAACAAGACCUUUUGAUAAAUUGUUAGAUUUUGGAAGUAAUAGCGGAAACUUUUUGAAACAACUAUGUACAAAGAGUCACGUACCUGAACAAUUGAAAGAUGAUGAGAUCGAACAUAAAAUAAUUGACCAACUAAAUAGUGAUAAAACAUUGGUACGAGAUAAAAUUAAAGAGUUAGUGAUGUUUGAUUCCUCAAAGGAGUUAUUACACAGAGACGACUCAAUCAAGUAUGAUUAUGAAUUUCCAGGUCAGAUCAAAAGAAUCGUGGGGGAUGAAGAAGCAUUUAAUCAUGAAAUAUUUCAAGAAUCAAAUACAUUUGAUGUAGUGCUAUCCAAUUUAAGUUUACAUUGGAUCAAUGAUUUACCACAAACUUUAUCAAAUAUUAAUAAAAUAUUAAAACCUGAUGGGUUAUUUAUGGGUACAUUAAUUGGAGGUGAUACUUUGUAUGAGUUAAGAACAUCAUUACAAUUAGCAGAAUUGGAAAGAAAAGGUGGUAUGUCACCACGAGUUUCACCUUUAGUUCAUUUGAAUGAUGUUGGUGCAUUAUUGAAUAAAGCAGGCUUUACGAUGUUGACCAUAGAUUCUGAGAAUAUAGUUGUUGGUGGAUUUCCAAGUAUUUUGGCAUUAUGUGAAGAUUUACAAAGUAUGGGAGAACAAAAUGCUGUUUUAACAAGAGCUAGUAAUUUACCAAGAGAUGUAUUAUUAGCAGCAAAUGAAAUUUACAAAAGUUUACAUGGUGAAAUACAAGAAAAUGGUGAAGUUUUGUUACCGGCUACAUUCAAUGUUAUAUAUAUGAUCGGAUGGAAAAAGAGUGAUUCACAACCUCAACCGUUAGCUAGAGGUUCAGGCCAAGUUAACUUGAAAGAAGUAUUACAAUAA